AGUAUUGGCGCAGUAGCUGCUUUUUUGUUUUGUAAACAUACCAGUGGGAGGAUCGGUUAAAUUAAUUGUUUAUUUUGGACAUUAAAAUGUGGAGGAUAAUUUUGUAGAUUAAUUUGCAACGAUAAUUAAGGUUUAAUAUGUCACAACACGGCGCAGCUCUGCAAACUUAUAAUCAAGAACUUGUUAAAUGUUUGGAGAACAUGAAAUUACGACGGGCUGAAUUACAAACAGAAAUAGAGACACAAGAAGAGGAGAAGAGUAACUUACAGCGAGAAAUUGAAAAGAUGUCGUAUAAACUAACACGGAUCAAUGACAGCCUAGGGAAGAGGAUCGCUGUAAGAAAUGAGUAUGAUCGCACAAUAGCGGAUACGGAAUCAGCCUAUAUGAAGAUUCUUGAAAGUUCCCAACUCCUCCUAAAUAUGAUAAAACGUGAAGCAACAACUUUGGAUCAAACACUAAUUAAAACCAACGGAGAAAAGCCGCAGUAUAGACAACAAUAACAAAAAACCUCAAAUUCUAGAAAAUUAUUUAUUAAAAUAUUUAUCACAGCAGUGGGGGCUGCCUCAACUGAUUGGGAAUUUAAUCCAGUACAAACUUGUAAAUAUCACUAGACAUAUUUUUAUAAACAACUCUUUCUACCUGUUUAAUCAUUAUUGGUUCUAUAAAUACGUAAAUAAUGGACGAAUAGAAUAUCUAUAAUAAUGCCUUUCAGAUUAAGUAAUUAUUAUGAAGUUUGGCGUCAGAUGGGUUGUAGCACUGCCAUAAUAGUAGCAUAAAUAAUUUAAUAAAUUUUAUUAAAAUAAUGAGAUUUGAGAAUUUCGAAUUAUUCUAAUCUUGUUUGUUAAACUUCAAAGCUACUUUGUAAUAAUAUUAGACGAAUAUAAAGACUAUUUUUUACAUGACAAUAAUUUCAUAAAUUAGAUAAUACAAUGUGUUUAUAAUAAAUACCGUAAAAACGUAGUGAAUUAUAUUAAAAAUAAGGGUCCAACCAUUUCCAUUUCUUUAACAGUCUUUCUGAAAUAAAAAUAACUCCUAUGAAGAUAAACUGAAAA